AUGGCGGGGGCCCACUGGGCUGUCAUCAGUCAAGGCUAUUUGCCGAGUCACAAAACUAGUGCUGGGGCGCGGGGGGCCUACUUGGCUGCCCGAUGUUCAAGGCUACUUGCCGACCUAGUACUAGUCCCAUUGGGGCACAGGGGACCUACUUGUAGCGGCCGUAAAAUUGCUAGAGAUUGGGGAGAAUUUCGAUGGAAAGAUUUUAGUUCCCUUCGUAAAUUAUUGCCGAAAACAAGUAGAAACGAAAAUAAUCGGAAUAUUCAUAGUAAAACGGACAGCGACAAUGAAGAAGUCA